AUGACUCCACCUGUAGGCGAUAAUGAACUUACUUGUUUAAAUUCAACAUUUUCAUCCAUAAAUCCAGUUCAUCAAACAAAUGCAAAUAAUAUUGACGAAUGGCUUUCCCUUGAUUCAAAUAAUGGCUUUAUUCGUGUAUAUGAUCCUAAUGAUGCAUCAACAUCGUAUUCACGUUCGAAACUUGUGCCGUGUACAAUGUGGACAACAGUUGAACAAAUAUGUUCAAGAUUAAAUAAUGAUCUAGAUCCUCGUACAUGGUAUGUUCAAUAUCAUGGCGAUCGCAUACGUCAUUUAAGACCCGAUGAAGCACCCCUAUUUAUUCAACAUAGUUAUCUUCUUUCAAUUGGAUUUUCAAGUAUUCAACGUUUACAACAAGAAGGUGAUAAACAUGAUCUUGGCUAUCUUAUACGAUUUUUAUCUGAUCAACUAAUAAUUGAUCCGAAAAUUCAACCACGAAGUUUAUCAACAAUAGCAUGGAUUCGUAAAGGAAAAUUAAUUCGAAAAUGGAUUAAACGAAAAUGUGUUAUAUCAACUAGUCGACUAACAGUUUAUCCUGAUGCGAAUACGAAUCCAUGUGUUAUAGAAUUACAACGAGCUAAUGUUGAAGAAGUUCAUCUUAAGGAUAAACCAUUUUGUAUUAAAUUAACAGUUGAUGAUGGACGUGGUGGUGCUUUGUUUCUUGCUUUAAAUAAUGAUGAAGAAUAUAGUCGAUGGCUUAAACGCUUACGAAAAACAACAAAUAAAUUGCCUGAUAUUGCUGAUUACUCUUCCACUCACCUUGAACUAAUUCCAAAAGGUUUAUUUAUUAAUUCCAAAUUAAGUGUACUCAACUUACGCCAUAAUAAUUUACUUGUGAGACCAACUAAUGAAGCAGUUUUUACUGUUGGUUGGCUGGAUGAUUUAACGCGUUUUCAAUAUUUAAUAAGUUUAAAUCUAGCUGAUAAUGAUUUAAAAACAUUCCCCAAUGUUAUUUGUCAUCUUCCUCGUCUGAGUGAAUUGAAUCUUGCCAGUAAUCAUAUUGAUUCGAUUCCAUCUGAUAUUGCCAAAUUACAAUCUUUAGAAAUUCUUAACUUACAAAGUAAUCGUUUAUCAAGUUUACCAAAUGAAAUUGAAUAUCUUAAACGAUUACGCGACUUUUAUUUAAGUUUUAAUUUGUUUAAAGACAUCCCUAUGCCAUUAGCACGUCUCACAAAUAUUCGUUGUUCAGAUGUUAAUAAUUUAUGUUUAGCAGGAAACAAUAUCCGAAAAUUAUCAAUCGAAGUUUUUCAACACCUUAAAUAUUGUCGUCAAUUAGAUUUACGAAUGAAUCAAGUAAAAUUUGAUGAUAAUGAUUUACUCUUGUUAAAUCAAUUAAUAAAUUUAACACACAUUGAUAUUUCACAUAAUAAUCGUAUCAAUGAAAUUGAUCUACGUUCAUUGCACAAACUUGAACAAAUUCAUUGUUCAUAUAAUAAUACAACACGCUUAGUUUUAAAUGGCCAUGCAUUGCGGCAACUGAAUGCUUCUCAUAAUAAAUUAAAGCAAAUUGAUCUGAUGACAGCACCCAUCAAUUUAAUUCAAAUUGAUAUAAGCUCGAAUGAAUUUCAAAUUCUUCCCGAUUGGUUAAAUGAAGACAAUUCAUCAAUAGAACGACUCAUUGCCGAUCAUAAUCGAAUCAAUGUUUUACCUAACAAAUUAUUUACAUCAAAUAAACGCCUGCAAUAUAUUCGAUUAGAUCAUAAUUGUUUAUUGUAUCUUCCCGAGAAAAUCUCCACUUCCAAUGUAGAAACACUUUUACUACAUUGUAAUCAAAUUGAAAAUUUGCCUGUUUGCUUAUUGAAAAAUAUGCAUCGAUUAAAAAUUUUAAAUUUAAGUAGUAAUCAACUUGUAGCAUUACCAUUACCCAACGAUCGUACUGAUUUAAAUCGGCUACAAGAACUUUAUUUAUCCUGUAAUGAAUUAGAUGAUGAUGUGUUUGCAAUAAUAUCUCGUUAUGAACGAUUAAAAGUUCUUUAUUUAGCUUAUAAUAAAAUUGAACAAAUUGAUGAUACAUCAUUGAGCAAAUUAAAUUCUUUGACAGACUUGAAUUUAUCAGGAAAUAAUAUUCAAUCAUUACCUCAGACUGCAUUAUCAUCAAUGGAAAAUUUACAAGUAUUAUAUCUUCAUUCGAAUAAACUUCGUGCAAUACCUGACUUGCGUCGAUUAAAUUCACUUAAAGUAUUGGAUCUUAGUUUCAAUGCAAUUGAUUCAGCUUCCAUUGACAAUUUAUUUCCACCAUCCUUAACCAUACUUAAUUUAUCUGGCAAUCAAGAGAUUAAUAUUCAAAGAGACAGUUUAAAAUCGCUAAGUCAAAAAAGUGUUUCUUUAAUAAAUAUAUCUGGAUUAUCAGAUGCAUCAUCGGAUAUAUCACUAUGGUCCGUUGGUUUUGCUCAUAGUUCGGGUAGUCGAAAUAGACUAGCAAUAACAACUGUCAAUGAAUCAUCAUUUAAUUAUUCCAGUAAUGAUGCUUUAUUUGCAAUGUUCGACGGUGGAUUAAAUAAUGAAGUGCCAAUGAUUCUUAAACAUAAACUACCGGAUAUCCUUCAACAUGAAUAUGAGCAAUGCAAUCAAGCGAAUUUUUAUCUUAAACAUACAUUUCUUUCAUUACAAAAACGAUUAAGAACAACUGGACAACGUUUGGGUGCAGCAUCAACCGUUGUUCAUAUUCGUAGUUUACCACAAUCGAAUACGAUAAAUUCAAAUAUCUAUUCGUCAAAUACAACAACAACGUCUUCAUCAUCAUCCCAAACAGAUAAUCAUUUUCGUUUUGAAUUAAAUGCAGCUAGUGUUGGCCAUUGUGAAGCUAUACUUUGUCGUUCAUCAAUAGUGCAUCCAUUAACACGCCGUUUUACAAUUCCACAUGACGAAAGUGAAUGUAAACGUGUACGAAAAGCAUCAAACAUAAUUAUUAAUGAAGAUAAUGCAUUAAAUGCUAUAACAUCUCAAACAAGAAUGUUAGGUUGUUCAUUUCUUUAUCCAGCUAUCUUACCAACACCACAUAUAUCAUCAUUUAUUUUAAGUAAAAAUGAUGAAUUUUUUAUCAUUGCUAAUAAUUUAUUAUGGCAGCAUAUGUCACAUGAAGAAGCGGUACGUACUAUACGUUCAAUACAUAAUCCUGUACUUGCCUCAAAAAAACUUGUUGAUAUAGCACAAAGUUACGGUGCCAAAGAAAAUCUAGCAGUAUUAAUCGUAAGAUUUAAUUUUCAAAAAACGAUUCAUCAUACACGCAGUAAUUCUUACCGACCUCAAAGACCUGCACGUCCACAAACUUAUUCAACUAACACAAGUUCAGGUGAAUAUUCACCAACAGCAAGUCCAUUAUUUCCAUUAUUAGAUUCAACGGGUUAUUUAAGUGUUGGUGAAUUAAGUGGCGGUGACGAAUAUGAUUCAAAUGAAGAGCAAUAUUCAUCAAAUAUACCAACAAAUUCUACCAGUGAUUAUUUUUAUCAUCAAUCUGACCAAAUAUCGUCUAGCGACGAUCCUGCCACACUACAUGAUUCGAUGAGAAAUCGUCCUCUGACACGUCGUGGGCGAACACAUUUCUUAACUGCAUCACUUAAUGAUACAUCAACCAUAGAUGAUGGAAAAAAUGGCAAAGUCUUUCAGUCUGAUACAGGACUAUUUAAUUUUCCUGCAUCAAAUGCUCAACCUGUUCGAAUAGUGCCAAGUCAAUUGUCAAUUGUUAGUGAAAUGCUUCCGCCAUCACCACCACCACCAACGUUAUCACGAACAAAAAAAGUUAAAAAUCCAUCCUUAACUGGUGAUUGUCCAUCGCCACGACGAUCAGGACGUUAUCGGAAAAAAUUGACGCCCCCAGCUCGUCCACCAUUAGGUUACUCUAAACCUCCUCGAACCGAUUAUUCAAGUAAUAGUGAUGUAUCCACUGAUGGACAUGAUUUUGAUAAUUCACCCAUAUAUCCAGCUGGGUUACGUCCUGUAGCUGAUGCUAUUCUAUCAGCAUCAUCCAGUGAUAAUGAUGGUCAUGAUGAGGAUGAUGAAGAUUUUUCUUAUGUUGUUGAUAAAAUGAGUUUAACAUCGACCAAUACAACAACAGACUAUCAACAGCAACAGAAUGAAUUAAAUUUAUUUGUUCAAAAGCAUUGUCCAUCGAUUUCAUCAACAACACAAUCAACUGUGAAUAGUACAGUAACAUCAUCAUCGGUUACAACAAAUGCUCCCCAACCGAUUCCAAAUAAAAUUACUCGGCUCUAA